AUGUUAACGAGUGUUCCCUCGCCAUCUUCGCCUCGAAAAAGAUUACGUUCUGGUCGCCGUAAAAGACUUGCCAUAAGUGGAUUAAUUAGUGCUGAAGGCGAUUUUCAUAUGCCGGGUCUCGACAUUUUUCGCUGUGAUCAAGAGCAUGCCAUGAAUAGAAAUCAUUUUGUACAGUGGAUAACCGAGGCUGCUUCUACUCUCAGAAAAGAACACGGUAAAUAUAUAUUGAUAUUCGAUAUGACAUCAUUUCCAAGAUUCCCGAAUCAACAUCAUACUCAUGUAUUAUUCAUUGGUUUUAUAUAUUGUUUGGGUGUUACGGCUAAUUUAAAUGCUGAAUUAGAAUGGCAAAAGUUUAAAGAACAAAAACAUUAUUCAUCAGCUAUAGAAGAAAAAUUGAGAAAAGAAAUAUUUUUUGAUAAUAUUAACUAUAUUAAUAAUCAUCAGUUAUCAUCCAAAUACUCGUUGAAAAUUAAUAGUUUUUCUGAUAGAAAAAUUGUGGAACUUAUACAACCAUUUUGUUUGAGUUCUACAUAUGAAGAUAUUCAUGUACAUCAUCAACGUAAUCAAUCAUUUGUACCACCAGAUAAUUUUGAUUGGAGAACAAAAGGUGUUAUCACAAACAUUAGAAAUGAAGGUCAAUUGGGAGAUGUAGUGGACAUUGCAUUAGAAAAAUAG